UGACCAUUGAAGCCGGCCAGGUGGUCAUCCUGCAGAAGGCGGGUUAUGCCCGCACCUUGACCUUCAAGCCUCAAUCGGCCUUGGUCAAAUUAGGCCAGGAUCAAGUGGAUCUGAGCGCCCUCCAAGGCCGACCUUUCGACACCUGGUUCGAGAUGGUUCCGCACACAGAGAAGCGCAAACGCACGUGGGCUCUGCGUCCCACGGACUCCGUGCCCGAUUUGGAAGCGCUCUUCCUGGAAGGCCCGGAAACGCCUACGGACUCCACCGACUCCAAAGACCCCAAAGACAACCGCUCGCUCGAGGAUAUCAAUGCCUCGCAAAAACUGUCCAAGGUUGAGAUCGAAGCCAUGCGGGACAGCGGUCAAAGCGGCCAUCAAGUCAUGGCCAAAUUGAUCGAAAACAGCGACAGUUUCGGUCAAAAGACGGCCUUCUCGCAGGCGAAAUUCCUCAAGAAAAAGGCCAAGAAAUAUCACGACUUCAUUCAGAUUCGGCGACCCUCCAUUCGGCUCCUCAUGGACCUUCAAUACGCCAAAGAUCCCAUGAACAUCUUGAAUUUGCGCGUGGAUUCCUUGGCUCAGUUACUCAAUAUGGCCAAUGUCCGAUCGGGCGGGCGCUACAUCAUCCUAGAGUCCGGCACACAAGGCUUGGUGGUGGCCAGUGCCUUAGAACGAUUGGGUUCGGCUGGUCGUUUGGUCCAUGUUUAUCAAACGGGUUGCCCACAAACCAACGCCUUGACCAACAUGAACUUCUCCGCCUCCGCCUUGGCUCAAAUCCAUACCUUGAACAUGUUCCAUCUGCGCUCUUUAGAACAAGGCGAGGACAUCACGCGCAUGCAUACGGCCCCACCCCCCUCCGGCCCCGCCCCACCUCGUCAAUCCUUCCGCGAAAGCAGCGUUCAAUCCUACCAACUCAUGCGCGAUUGCACCAUGGACGGCUUGAUUUUGUGCACCAAGCAACACCCCCAGAAUCUUCUACUCCACUUGAUGAAGUACUUGGCGCCGUCUCGCCCUUUCGCCGUGUUUUGCCCGUAUAAGGAGCCGUUGCUAGACACUUAUAUCGCCGUCAAGGACACGGGUCGGGCUAUCAUGGUCACUUUAAGCGAGACGUGGCUGCGGAAUUAUCAAGUCCUACCCAAUCGCACCCAUCCUCAUGUCAUGAUGUCCGGCGGGGGCGGGUAUCUGCUCACGGGGAUCGUGGUUGAUAACACGGAGGGACCCGAGUUUCAGGCCGCCCAGCCCAUUCCGGAUGAGGCGGGCCAAGAUAAGGGACGCAAGAAUAAACGGUUCAAACGGUCCCGUUAAGUCUAAUUACACUCGUUCUGUGAUCUCUAUCAUGAAACACUGAUUACUUGAUGUUACCGAAAAAUAACUGUAAUAAACCGCGUAUGGGCACUGCCAUGGAUAUUUGUCAAGUAAUUUGGAAGCCUAGAUGUCGCUGUUUGGCUGAACUCGAUUGGAUCAACCAUGGAGCCAAGAAUGAGGUCGCAUCUGUAUUCCAUUCUAG